AUGAGUGCGGUACGGGUUCUGAGCGCGCUGGGGGCAUUCGAUGAAGGGGGCCGAGAUCUGUUACGCCGAACGCUCUAUGGCGCAGAUGGCAUCACCCUGGACAUCGAUCCUCUACCGAGCGUUCAGCGCAAGGGCCUUAUUGCCGUUUCAGUCAUGGCAGUUUUAUCCUUCUUAGCGACACUGGCCCUGAUAUCUUUCAUCAGCUACCGACUCAUCUUCUGGCGAGGAUCGUAUGCCCGGUACAUCGGUUAUAAUCAAUAUGUCAUCCUCAUCUACAACCUGGUGUUGGCCGAUCUCCAGCAAUCGCUUGCGUUCCUAAUAUGCAUCAAAUGGAUCACAGAUGAUAAAAUCUCCGCAGACACGGCAGGUUGUUUCCUCCAGGGAUUCUGGCUGCAGGUUGGGGACCCUGGGAGUGGGCUUUUCGUCCUCGCGAUCGCCUUCCAUACCUUUCUUAUAGUGGCUCUAGGAAAAAAGCCGAGUCACCGAGUCUUUGUUGCUUCCGUGAUUGGAGUUUGGGUUUUUGUGGCUAUCCUAGUCAUUAUCCCACUUGCUGCUCAUGGACGUUACGUUUUUAUCCCAUCGGGCGCCUGGUGCUGGAUUAGCGAAGAAUACGAAUCCAUCCGCCUAUGGACACACUAUAUCUGGAUUUUCUUGGCUGAAUUCGGUACGGUCUGUCUGUACGCUAUCAUGUGGUUCCAACUACGGCUCCGGAUCAAGCAGUCCGCCAUCUUGGGUAGCAGCCAUAUUGAAAGUCUCAAGCGCCUUCGCCGCGUUAUCGGCUACAUGGUCAUCUAUCCGAUUGCCUACAUUGUACUCUCUCUUCCUCUUGCCGCAGGUCGAAUGGCGACCGCGCAAGGCGAUGGACCAAGUAUAGCCUACUUUUGUGUUGCCGGUGCCAUGAUUACCAGUUCCGGGCUGGUCGACGCGCUUCUCUACACGCUUACCCGGCGCAACCUGAUCAUCGAUUCGGAGCCAAGCAACGAUCGCAGUUACAACCACUUUGCCAGCAGCAAGAACCGGAAGACCGAUAAUCAUUUGACAACCAUUACUGCGGAUCCCAAAAUUACCCGUACGGACAUCAGUGCCCUACGCAAAGGAAGAAUUGACGAGGAUGAUCUGGAGCACACCGUGCGCGAUGGUUCGACAGACAAUAUCGUGCAAACCGUUGGCGUUGAGCUGUCCCCAAUGGGCAAGGUGUACCAGCACACCACCAUCGAGAUCACCAGUGAACCGGCAUAUCCUGAUGAGUCGGAGGGAAGUGAUCGUUCCAGCAGGGACUCUGAUCGGGCCGGAAGGGUCAACGACCCAGCAAGGAUGUGGGGGCGAUAG